UUCAACCAUCAAAUAACCCCAAAAAAAAAAAACCAAAAAACCAAAAAAAAAAACAAACAAAUUUUCUGGUUUUUAGAAGAAUAUCACAAGAAUGUCAUCAUCACACUUUGCUAUCCUUUGCAUCAUCGUAAUUUCUCUUGUUCCUCUACAUGGAUCUGGAAACACACAACAUCCUGCCGCGAACAAGUCAGCCUCAAAUGCACAAGCUGUUGACGCAAACAAAUCAGCUGCAAGCAAGACACAACAUUUUGACGCCAACAAGUCAGCUGCAAAUGCACAAGGUCUUGACGCGAACAAAUCAGGUGCAAACGGACAAGGUCUUGAAAAUAACAAAUUAGGUUCAUCAGUGUGCACUCUUGACAAAUGUCCAAAACACAGAGAAGAAGUGUGUUAUUGCUGUUUCAAUGAUCGUAGGAGGUGUUAUCGUAAUUUAUAUAAGUGUGUGGCUGUCUGCAUGCGCCAACCGGCUUAAGUUAACUUAACGACCUUAUACGAACAAUAAAGCUACAAGUUUACCUAAAGUAUACAUAUACAAUAUAAUUAUGCUUAUCGUAAUUUUCUUUAGUGCCAUUGAAUGUUUAAGUAAUUGUAUCUUGCUAUUAAGUUUUUUAAAAGUUAUUAAUUUAUUUUGAGUAAUAUGUUUUGUAUAAACUAAUGAUAAUAUC